AAGACCUUGUUCGCACUCACCAAACUUGCUCGAUCGUGUCUAGCUGUGCAGCUCUAUCGCGCCUUAAAUCCAGCUGCCCGCUCAGUAACUCACGGUUCGUGUUACAAGCAACAAGCAAAAGUUUCGGAAUCCGUCCGUCGACGUGGAGAUUUUCGUGUGUUUUUGUUUUCAUUCAGCAAAACAUUCAGCCUUAUCGUGGUUGUGAGUUGACUUCCCCCCCUCGUCUCAGAAUAUCUUGAACCCCUCGGUGUAUCGUGCGCGUCGUAUUCGUGUCGUGUAGACUGACGCGUCGUAGUUCCGACGGCGACCACUGUGUGCGUGAGCUCAAACAGGUCUCGAAAACUGGGUUAACGGGUGACGGAAGGGGGGGCUUUGUUUACUAUAGUGCGACGCGUCCACCAAACUGCAACUGCGACGCUGCUACCAACAACAAAAAAACAACGCUAACGCUAACGGUAGAUCAUGCCGGAAAUUUCGCAGGACCACUUUGAGGCGCAGCUGCCGCACAAGCCUCCGGCCACGGUCGAGGAGUUGCGCAUCCGGGCCAACUCGGGUGGGGCCUCCGGGAUGGAGGCAUCCCGCCGAAGGCUGGAAGCGUUGCGGCUGGCUAACGCCGCUAACGGUGGUGCAACGGUUGAGCAGAAGGAUGGUGGCGCUGCGGCAGCGGGUUCGACUGCGACGCGACGUCCGCGGAAGAGCAGUGUCACCUUCCAGGAUGACAAACCGGACCGGAAGUUGGCGCACGCGGACAGCUUCGUGCACGAUAUUGGAUACAAGCGUGAGAUUAGUCACAGAAUCUUCGUAAAUCGUUCGCUCCACCUCGAGAACAUCAAGCACUAUGGCUUCGACAUGGACUACACGAUCGCCGAGUACAAAUCGCCCCAGUACGAGCAGCUCGGUUUCAACCUGGUCAAGGAGCGGCUCGUCACGCUCGGCUACCCGGUCGAGAUCCUCCAGUUCGAGUACGAUCCGUCCUUCCCGGUGCGUGGCCUCUGGUUCGAUUCGCUGUACGGGAACCUGCUCAAGGUGGACGCGUACGGCAACAUUCUCGUUUGCGUGCACGGAUUCGAGUUUUUGAAACAUUCCCAAGUGUACGAGCUGUACCCGAACAAGUUCCUCCAGCUGGACGAGAGUCGGGUGUUUGUGCUGAACACGUUGUUCAACCUGCCCGAGACGUACCUGCUGGCGUGCCUGGUGGACUUUUUCACCAACUCGCCGCAGUAUGCCGAGCAGGUGGAUCGCACCGGCGUUAAGUAUGGGGAGCUGUUUAUGUCCUUCCGGUCGAUCUUCCAGGAUGUGCGUGGAGCGGUGGACUGGGUGCACAUCUACGGGGAUCUGAAGAAGAAGACGCUGGAGAACCUCGACGAGUACGUCAAAAAGGACGAACGUCUGCCGAUGGUGCUGUCGCGAAUCCGCGAGUCGGGCGCCAAGCUGUUUCUGCUCACCAACAGCGACUACAAGUUCACCGACCGCAUCAUGACGUUCCUGUUUGACUUCCCGCACGGCGCCAAGCCCGAAGAUCCGCACCGCGACUGGAAGACGUACUUCGACACGAUCGUGGUGGACGCCCGGAAGCCGCUGUUCUUUGGGGAGGGUACGAUCCUCCGUCAGGUGGACACGACCACGGGAGCGUUGAGGGUGGGAACGCACAUGGGACCGCUGCAGGCGAACCAGGUCUAUUCCGGGGGUUCGUGCGACGUGUUCACCAAGCUGAUUGGCGCCAAGGGCAAGGACGUGCUGUACGUGGGUGACCACAUCUUCGGCGACAUUCUGAAGAGCAAGAAGAUUCGUGGCUGGCGCACAUUCCUGAUCGUGCCGGAACUGGUCCAGGAGCUGCACGUCUGGACGGACAAGUGUCAGCUGUUUGCGGAACUGCAACGGCUCGACGUCAAGCUGGGCGAUCUGUACAAAAACCUGGACUCGAGUGCCAAAGAGAAGCCGGACAUUUCCUCCGUGCGAACGGCCAUCCGGGACGUGACGCACAAGAUGGAUCUCGCCUAUGGCAUGAUGGGUUCGCUGUUCCGGUCCGGAUCGCGCCAGACCUUCUUCUCGAGCCAGGUUUCGCGCUACGCCGAUCUGUACGCGGCCACCAUCCUGAACCUGAUGUACUACCCGUUUUCGUACAUGUUCCGGGCGCCGGCCAUGUUGCUGCCGCACGAGUCUACGGUUGCGCACGAGCAGCGCUUUACGCUGGACGCGCCGAUGAUUCAGCGCACGCGAUCACGCCAGCUGGGAACGCCCAGCAAUGCGCCCGAACAGCUGCAGCAGAUGCACUUCCAGCAGCAGCAGCUGCAGCACGAGGAAGCAUCCAAGGAAAUUAGUGACAUCGAAAAGGACGCGGCCCUGCUGACCGGAAAUGCAUCCGUGCCGCACACCCGCCCCGAAACGCCCCGCUCGGUGACGCACACCCACGACGAGGACUACUCGGACGAGGACAGCGACGAUCAGAAGAAGGCCGCCGCCGCUGCAGCUGCUGGAGUUGGCGUUCCGAAGGAGGACGAAGCGAAAUAAGGCCGGAAACACCAUCUUUCUUCUCCUUCUUCUUCUUCGAAUUUACAAAAUUUGUUAAAAAAAAAUCUUUGUGCCGUCGCUUCACUCUAGUUGGGAUUGAUUGAGAUUGUCGGACUAGUCGAGGUUUGUUUGAUUGACUUGAUGGGCGGGAAAUUAAGCAGGGCAUGGUUAGAGUUUAACAAGCUAGAUUUAACGCAUCAAAUAGAGUUGCAUUUCCGCAGUUGUUGAAACUUUUUCACUCGGCUAAUUUAACGCUAAAACACACCGAAUGUAUGUUUUAUGAAAUAGACUGCUAACAAAACAAAAUAUCAUCCGUUUCAGCAAUAAAUUAUGAUGUUGGAUAAUCUCACCUUUAAUUUUAAACGGGUUUCCAAUCAGAAAAAAUGCUACAAAUAUUACUGAGUGAGAGCUGCGAACAAAAAAAAAAGUGACCGUUUCAACACGUGCAUGUGCUAGUUUGUAAGAGUUUCCUUCGUGGUUUUAUUUGUGUCUAACAAAAUUUACGCUCUAGGCUUAUUUAAAUCGUACAAAUGUCUAAUUUUUCGUCAACCCUUUUUUUCCUUCUCAAAAUAACACAAUUACGUUACACGUUACGUUGCUAACAAGUAAAUUUAGGGACAGAAAUCGGUACAUUUAAUCAGCUCACACGCAAUUGUUAAAACGCUAGAGACGUAAAAACACACAUUUAUAGCCAACAUCUAGUUUUACUGCAUUCGAAAGCGACAAACAUUUGAUAUAAAUGAUGAGAUAAAAGAGAGAAAAAAUGCCUUUUACUGAAAAGAACACCGGAAUCGAAAAGCCAAACAAUUUGAAGGGUAAUUGCGCGUAGAAGCCUAGCAGUGUUAGAAGUACGUACAAUGUAAAGAAACAGAGAUUUAUGGAAUGUAACAAAAAAAAUCUAAAAUACGAUGGCAUUGUAGAGAAAUACAAAGCGUGUGUCAUUAGAGUUCAA